AGAAAAACAAUAGCAGCGCGCGCCCUUCCACCAAACUCGCCGCCUAUUCGCCGCAGUUCCAACCAACACAGCCGAAGUUCUUCGUUGCUAGGAAGGAAGGAAGGCCGCCGGAUAAAGAUCGGAGUUCGGGACAGACGAUUGGCGUCAGAUGUGAGUCUCAAGGCCUCUACUACUUCUCUAUGUCAUCUACCACAUUCUCCACCACAGAUUCUCCACUCAUUAUACAUGCGCAGUUAGGUCAUCCAGGUCUUCCCAAACUAUAAAAGAGAGACAUUAUUUGCUGCAAGAGAUGAAAAUCUUGGAGGCCAAUGUUUCUGCACUUACAAAUUUUGAGGUCCUUGAUUUCAUACGAGCUAAAGGAGCUUCAAAAGAUCCAACACGGGUUAUUGCCAAAGUAGCAAUGUCCGAAUACAAGGUUUACGAUUAUUUAGUUAAUACUGCAGCUGGUAGUCAAACAAGAGAGAGCGUCAAAGAAUAUUUGACAAGUAUUAAAAAGCAUGAGCUGUCACAGGCUGAGGUUCUGAAUGUAUUAAACAUCAGACCAGCUGCCGAAGUGGAAUUAUUUCAUAUUAUAGAGGAUUGUACUGUCCGUUUUCCAGAUGAAGAGAUAGCUGAAAUAGUAGAACUGGUAGAAAAAACAUUACCAGCACGAUCUAACGAAGAGACAUCAAAAGAAAUCUCCGAGGGCGAAGAAGAAACUGAAACACAGAAAUAUGAAAAUGGUAACGAGAUUAGGCAAGAUCAAAUUGAAGAUGGAGAACAAAUGGACACAAGUUGAGAUUUCAUUUUAGUACUUAAUGACUAGCACUAGAAGAUCUCGUUGUUGGGUUAAAAAAAUGAGUUGACGAACAUGAUUUUUAUACGAACCUGAGUUAGUCCCGUGGCUGUGUUACUUCUACAGGAAACUUAAGAAAAGCAAAUGCAAUGCAAAUGCUGUUGGCUUUGUUACUCUAAAUAGAAAACUUAGAAUUUCUUAAUA